CACGGCCUACCACCAUCUCCGACGCCAGACCUCCGCUACUCCAACGGCAGCAGCGCAGCCCCAGACCUUCAUCUACACGGUGGAAUCCCCAAUUUGUGGCCAAGGUGACGAAUGUCAUUUAUAGGAUUAGUCUAUGGCUUCUGGAUCUGAUCGGACUGUUAUACUGAAAUCAGAGAUAUAUGGCUCACAAUAAUCUAGGUCCACCGGUCAAGACAGUGGUGACCAUGUGUAUUCAUUCUACGAGGAGAUUUUAUGCAACAUCAAAUGUUGCAUAUGCUGAAUCAAGAGAUAUAUUGACUACAUGGAAUGACAAAGAUCAGCUAACACAAGGAACACAUGGCUUGAGUACUAUGGUUAUUAACUCUCAGUUGAAGGAUCUGAUCAAUAAAGGACAUCUUUGGAAUGCUCGUGAGAUGUUUGAUAGAAUGCCACAUAGAGAUGAAGUCUCGUGGACCAACAUGAUUGCUGGUUAUGUCAAUGCUUCUUAUUCGCUUGAAGCAUUAUCUUUGUUUCAUGAUAUGUGGGCCUAUCCGAAUAUUCAUAUGGACCCAUUCAUACUUAGUCUUGUACUAAAGGCAUGCGGGAUCAGCGCACAUGUUAAGUAUGGAGAACUUGUUCACGGAUAUGCUGUAAAAAGUGGUCUUGUGAAUUCUGUUUUUGUGGGAAGCUCACUUCUUAAUAUGUAUAUGAAAUUGGGAAAUGUUUGGGAAGGUUGCAGACAUUUUGAUGAGAUGCCUAACAAGAACAUAGUUUCUUGGACUGCUGUAGUGACUGGACUUGUUCAUAUGGGCUACAACAACGAGGCAUUGAUGUAUUUCUCUGAAAUGUUGGAAGAUGGAAUAAAAUAUGAUUCAUAUGCUUAUGCCAUUGCAUUAAAAGCCUGUGCUGAUAUGGAGCAUCUGAAUUAUGGAAGGGAAAUUCAUGCUCGGAUUGUGAAGGAAGGCUACGGCACAGGAUCUUAUGUGGCUAAUAGUCUCUCUACAAUGUACAAUAAAUGUGGGAUGACGUAUCAUGGGAUGUGCUUGUUUGAAAAAAUGAGUUUGAAAGAUGUAGUCUCUUGGACGACUAUAAUCACAACACAUGUCCAGACCGGUCAAGACAAACUGGCAAUCCAAGCAUUCUUGCGAAUGAGGGACUGCAACACGCGUCCUAAUGAGUACACCUAUGCAGCAAUCAUUGCUGCUUGUGCUAACCUUGCAAGACUUGAUUGGGGCGAACAACUGCAUUCCAUUGUAUUACAUACAGGUUUUGUAGCUUAUCCAUCUGUGGUAAAUUCGGUCAUGACAAUGUAUUCAAAAUGUGGGUUGUUAGAUUCAGCUUCCACGGUGUUUAAUACAAUGAACAUGAGAGAUAUUGUUUCUUGGAGCACUAUUAUUGCAGGAUAUGCUCAAGCUGGACGUGGUGAGAAUGCUUUCAAAGUUCUCUCCUGGAUGAGAAGGGAUGGAACAAGGCCUACAGAGUUUGCCCUUGCUAGUGUAUUGAGUGUUAGCGGAAAUAUGACAUGUCUCUAUCAAGGGAAGCAACUACAUGCUCAUGUCCUUAUUAUUGGUUUGGAUCACACUGCAUUGAUACAUAGUGCUUUGGUAACUAUGUACUCAAAAUGUGGAAGCAUCAUAGAAGCCUCAAAGAUUUUCCGUAUGGCGCGUUGCAAUGAUAUUGUCUCAUGGACGGCUAUGAUUACUGGAUUUGCUGAACAUGGGAAAAGCAGAGAAGCUAUUGAUUUAUUUGACAAAACAUCUGAGGCUGGUUUGAAACCGGAUUCAGUAACCUUUGUUGGAGUUCUCACCGCCUGUAGCCAUGCUGGGUUGGUUGAUCUAGGUUUUCAUUACUUUAAUGCAAUGACUAGGGACUACAAGUUAAGUCCUUCGAAAGAACACUACGGGUGCAUGAUUGAUCUUCUUUGCCGAGCUGGACGAUUACGUGAUGCAGAGAACAUGAUCAAUAACAUGCCAUAUAGAAAGGAUGAUGUUGUUUGGUCAACUCUUCUUAGGGCUUGCAGAGUACAUGGUGAUGUUGAACGUGGAAGACGCGCUUCAAAACAGAUUCUCGAACUGGAUCCGGACUCUGCCGGGGCUCAUAUCACCCUAGCUAACAUAUAUUCUUCUAAAGGGAAGUGGAGGGAAGCAGCAGAACUGAGGAAACUGAUGAGGUCAAAAGGAGUUAUCAAAGAGCCCGGGUGGUCUUGUUUGAAACUCAAGGCUGAGAUGCAUGCAUUUGUUGCUGGGGACAAAACACACCCAGAAAGUGAAUGCAUCUAUAACAUUCUAGAGUUACUGACUUCAAGAACUGAACUAACUUCCCUGGAAAUUGCCUGUCUUAUGGAUGGCUAGUCAAAUCCUGUGCCAUUUUAUCAAUCGAAAGGAGUCAAAAGUUGUGCGUCAAGAUUAUCUGAACACCAAGUGUAAUGGUGACUUAGUGUGGGACCGGAUUGAUCUAUGAAGUCUAGUCCAAUCGCAGCAGCGUUGUAGAAUGCCUCUUUUUUGCUACCUCUCUGAUCAUAGGCUGGAAUCUAUGAUUAGACUAUAUACAAAAGACUCUCUAAUGGCAAGCAGUUGUCUGAACUUCUCUCUAGUGGAAAAUCUCCCUCAAGAAAAUCUUCUUUGAGACUAUCAACCAAAUAUUGUCCAUUUACAUGCAGCAAUGGUUGCAGGCUUUGCUGAUUUACCGGGAUUUAAUUGAUUACAGGCUUACAGCUGUAACUACAAGUGUCCAUUUCUCGGUCAAGCUACAAGUUGCACUUGUUGUGCCCGCAAGAACCCCACGACCCUGAUAUAAAAUAGCCACGCCUGGGUUCAUUGUACUUCUUGAAUCUCAUUCAGAGCAUUCAUCAGAAAUUUUUUAUUCCUGUGGUGGCAAUGUAGAACUGCGUCUGAGAUCUCAGACUUUCAACUCUAACCCUAUCAAUGAAAGGACAACCAAUCUUUGGGUGUGAAUGGUGCCUCUCUUCUGGGCUUGUUAAAGACAGAUGCAAACUAAUGACAAGGAGCAAUGCACUCUAUAAGUCAAAGACAUUUUAGACAAUCACAGAAAUAAUUACCUGCAGAAAUUUGGAGCCUGCAUUCAUCUUCGAUAUGGAAUCAAUGCCCGCAAACGGGUCCGUAACAUUUCCCAGUAUGAGACUCCUCUUCCAAGUGUCUUUUUCUUUCUUCUUAUUUGUAUUUAGAGCUGUCUAUAUUGACAUUGGUAGUCAUGGAAAGCAUAUGAUACUGUAUAUACAUAACUUGAUCAUUAUUCAUUUAUUUGAUGCUUCCUUUUUUUAAUUAAAUACUUCAUCCAUCU